GCAUUGAAAACAUUUUCAGCCGCGUCACUCAGUGCAUGAAUAAAUCAGUGGUAGCCGAGUUGUUUAGUACGUCGGUGCUCUCGAUUGAAAUUUAAUUGCUUGACUCAACGAGAGAUAUACAAGAUGGCGCAGAAACCUAAAGUUUACGUGAUUGGCGUUGGCAUGACAAAAUUUGAGAAACCAGGAAAAAGAAAUGACUUUGAUUAUCCCCAGAUGGCUAAGGAAGCCGUCGUAAAAGCUUUGAGCGAUGCCAGAGUUUCUUAUGCCGACGUUAAUGCCGCAGCUGUCGGAUGGGUUUAUGGAGAUUCGACUUGCGGUCAACGAGCGCUGUAUGAAUUGGGAUUGAGCGGAUGUCCUAUAUAUAAUGUGAAUAAUAACUGCUCGACCGGUUCCACGGCAUUGCUCAUCGCCAAGCAAAUUAUAGAAUCGGGAAACGGAGAUUGUGUUUUAGCACUGGGUUUUGAAAAGAUGGAGCGGGGCUCUCUAUCCAGCAAAUUUAACGAUAGAACAAAUCCAAUGGAUAAGCAUGUAGAAUUAAUGGCGGAUAUCGCUGGAUUAAAUGAAAGUCCGAUAACUGCUCAAAUGUUUGGCAAUGCAGGAAUCGAGCACAUGAAUAAAUAUGGUACAAAACCAGAGCACUUUGCCAAAAUUGCAUAUAAAAAUCACUUACACUCCACCAACAAUCCAUACUCGCAGUUUCAAAAUAAAUAUACAUUAGAAGAAAUAAUUAAUUCUCCAAAGAUAUUUGGACCAUUGACGAAACUACAGUGUUGCCCAACUUCGGAUGGUUCAGCUGCGGCUGUUCUAGCCAAUGAAGAUUUCGUAACCAAGCAUAAUCUUCAAAAACAAGCGGUUGAAAUUUUGGGCAUGGAAAUGUCAACCGAUUUGCCGACUACCUUCUCAGAGAGGAGUUGCCUAAAAUUAAUUGGGUACGACAUGACAAAGGACGCCGCAGAGAAGCUGUUCACGAACCUUCCUUACAGGCCAAUUGACGUGGACGUCAUCGAGCUUCACGACUGCUUUUCCGUGAACGAGCUCAUCACGUACGAAGCCCUAGGACUCUGCGCCCCCGGCAAGGCCGGCGAGUUCGUCGACAGAGGCGACAAUACCUACGGCGGCAAGUACGUGAUUAAUCCCAGCGGUGGACUUAUUUCCAAGGGCCAUCCACUGGGUGCGACGGGGUUGGCGCAGUGCGCCGAGCUCUGCUGGCAAUUGCGAGGCGAGGCGGACAAGCGCCAGGUGCCCGGAGCCAAACUUGCGCUGCAGCACAACAUAGGCUUGGGUGGAGCUGUCGUCGUGGCCUUGUACCGCCUGGGCUUUACAAAUCCAGGGGCUAAAGUGCGGCCGAACCACGUAGCUGCGAAAACCGAUAACAUCUCGACGAAUCCGGAAAGCUUCAAGGCCAACGUGCUGUUUAAGGCUCUGGAGGUCGCGAUGCUCGAGGACCAAGACGGCCUAAUUGACAGGGUACGCGGUAUCUACGGAUUCAAGGUGGUGAACGGCCCGGGCGGCAACACGGGUUACUGGGUUGUCAAUGCCAAGACGGGAAAGGGCAGCGUCGAGUAUAACGGGAAAACAAAGCCCGACGUCGUGUUCACCAUCAGCGACACUGACGUCGUCGACUUCAUAUCCGGCAAGCUCAAUCCCCAGAAGGCCUUCUUCCAGGGUAAAGUCAAGAUACAGGGCAACAUGGGCCUGGCUAUGAAGCUUCCCGAUCUCCAGAGACGAGCCGCCAAGAAGAUCGAGCUCAUACGCGCGAAACUGUAAUCGGACCUCGUGCCGCUCUCGAUUGCAAAAAGUGAGUCCUCUUAUUAUGGAGGAGAGGCCAGGGUUAUGCAAUGUUGGAAAUGCUAAUUCUCGCUAUUGGACGAUUGAGUAAUUGAUACGGUUCACUGCUAAUAAGCAAGCGGAAUAUUUUAUUCGAAACUACAUCUACCGACGGCGAUACUUUUGGAGAUAAGAAGAGCAAAAGAAGCAGCUGAAAUUUAUGAUGUUAUUGCACGGUGAUUGCAUUUAUAAUCUAUCAUAUUACUCUCUUGGUGUUAGUUGUAAGGGGCAGGGAAAAAGGAUAUAAAAAUUGUCUAUGCAUAGCCUAUAAUAAUAGGAGUGCACUCAACAGCUCGUACAUUCGUAUAGAUAUAUUUUGUACGCCAUUUUUUUCAUACUAUAGUCGCAUUGUGAAACAAUGUGCAUUGUUAUGUUUAUUGUAUAUUUGGAAGGACUGUUAAAAUAAUCUUUAUGCAAAUGAAUUUUAAUAAAAAGUUGAAAAUAAAAUCACAGCACAAGUACUUGGUUGGCAAUUCAUUUAUAAAUGCUUUAGAUAAUCUAAUGACGACUGUUGCUAAGUUACUGAGCGCUACAAUUAAAAAGUUGUAUUAUUGAAAAGUCACAUAUACUUAAUAAUGUGGCUUUUGAAUUCUCACGCAAUUCUC